UUAAACUGGUUUUUGAACUUGCCAAAGGCAGGCAAGCAUCCUCAUAUCAAAACAGUGUAAAUCUUAAAGCCCGCAAGAAUGGUAUUCAAUCAUAGAUUGUCGAAAGUACUCGUACUCGUGACAGUGUUUCUAGUCCAGUUCUGCCUUUCAAAAGACCUUCUUCAUCAGGAAAAAUCAUACAGUGAUGACAGCCUAAUUCGAAAAACUCGGGGAUACGGGUCCCACCACUACGACCCACCACGUGAACACUACACUCACGAGCACCCUGUACAGCCGAUAAAAGUUAAUUGGCAUCAGUCGCAGCUGCACACAUGGGGAUAUCAUGCUGAACCUUCUGGACCUCAUAUACCAUAUCCAUUCUACGAUUUACCAUCCGAAUCACAAGAUUUUCAUUUUCCUGAAAAAGAAACAGUUCCAGAAGAUGCACAUGACAAUGAACCGACAUCACGGCCGCCGGUGAACAAUUUUUUCGAUGCUGCUCAUAGAAUACAAACAAAAAUAAACGCAUUUAUUCAAAACUUCCAUAAAACAAAUAUGAAUGAUGACGAUAUUUUAAAAUUUAAACAAACAAAUACAUAUUUUGAGAAUUCAGAUGAAUUUACGAAGCAUAAUAUUGCUACUCAAUCAAGUGAUCAAAGACUACAAACAACGACGGUUAACACAUUUCGUGAAAACUUACAGACAACCAGCACUCCAAACAUAAACACCAACGAAAAUAAUGAUAAGAGUUAUGUAAGUUCAGACAGAGCGAGAGAUGAUCGCAAUAGUGAACCAGUAGACGGACGAAUGCAAACAUUAACGACAACAGCAUUACCGUCUACAGAAGAAACAAGUGAACAAGACAGAAUACUAUUAAAAAAUAUUCCAUCAGAAACUGAAAACUCAACGACGACUGGAGGGUUCGCAGUUCGUUUGCAAGAUGUUUUCUCCAAUGAAAUAUUACCCACUGACCCUUGCACUCCUUAUAAUCCUAAAACACCUGAUUUCUCCGCGAAUGGACUAAAAACAAACCAAAUCAAAUGCCGAGAAUAUAUUUGGAGUAUGCGGAAAGAUAUAGAAUUGGGGACUAGAUAUUCAAAAUGUGAAGCACAAAAAGCAGAAGAAUUGCGUAGACAAGGCUCAAAGAUCGGUUAUCCAGCCGCUUACGGGGGAGUUCUUACAUUUGAUGGAGAUUUUCCCCACAUGGGCGCCAUAGGUUGGAGAGCGGCUGAUCCAAACGCUACUGAGUGGGUGUUCAAGUGUGGUUCCACACUGAUCAGCUACAAGUUUGUGCUGACGGCAGCUCACUGCACGCACAUCCCUGUAGACUUCACCAUCGCUGAAUCAGAACCCAAGAUUGUGAGACUAGGGGACAAGAAUAUAAUCUAUGGUUACGCACGUUUCGACGUGGACAUUCUUCGAUCUAUUGUUCACCCUAUGUACGAAUCUCCCAAGAAAUACUACGAUAUAGCUCUUAUGGAGCUAAGCAGAGAGGUGCUGCGUUUUAGUAAUGUCAUCCGACCAGCAUGUUUAUGGAAUGAUUUUAACACAAAUAGUCUAGAAAAUACUACAGUCACAGGCUGGGGUGCUGUUGAAAAAGCGAGAUUUUCAAUCUCUCCAGAGCUGCAAGUGGUGAAUAUUGACGUGAUAGACUCUGUGUCUUGCGAUCGUCUGUUGAGACGGUACUGCAACAGGAACUUCUGCGGAGUGCAGGAGCACCAGGUGUGUGGCGGCGUGCUGGCUGGGGGCAUCGACUCCUGUCAGGGUGACUCCGGGGGUCCGUUCCAGGCGGAGCUGCCCCUGCCCGGGGGCACGGGGGGGCACAUGCACCACGUGUUCGGGGUCACGUCGUUCGGCGUCGGCUGCGCGGAGCCGAACACUCCCGCCGUCUACACGAGGGUCUCCGCGUUCGUCGAUUGGAUUGAGAGCAUCGUUUGGUGAUCGAUUGUUAUUUUAAUAGAUUCGAUAAUAAACUGUUAAAAUUGUAAA